GGGAGAGCAGGCUAUAGAGCUGGCAUAGAGGCCAGUGAGGACAGUGAUGCUGGGGGCAGGAUGGAGCUGUACUGUCAGCUAGAGAGAGGAGGGGCCUGCUGCCCUGCUAUAUAAAGACAGGAAGCCAGUCUCCUCUAGAUGUGUCACUGUGCCGCCUCUCCCCCAUUGAGAUUCCCAUACUGUCCCACACUGUGCCCUCCUCAUCUCUUCCCAACACUCUGGUCUGAGGGUCCCAGGUGGUAGCCCAUCUUCAUCUCUCUCCCUCUGGACUGAGGGUUCCCACGCCCCACCUGGCCUCCCAUACAGUCACGCCGAUCUGAAGGCACGUACCUACCUGCAGCUUUUCAUUCGUUGACGCUUUUCUUGGAACCCGGCUCAAGAUGCCAGAGCCCACAAAGAAAGGUAGGAGUGCCCCUGUUCUCCUCACUGAGUGUACAGAAAGGAUUUCAGCAUAGUGUACUGUACAACCUGUCCUGAAGCAACGCUUUGUUAGAAUUUCAGACUGCAUCUAGGAUCCUGCUUGUUUAAUGUAUUAACAACAGCUGAUUAACUGGUACUGUUAAUUGUAAUGCAUAUGUUCUUUUACUUUCAUGUUGUAAUUAUUGGUUGGUUUUCUCUACUGGCAUACAAUAUGAGGAAAAGUUCCAUUAACCCUUCAUUCCUUUUUCUUGUUGUGUAAAUAAAGGCAAAAUAUUUUGCAUGGUUUCUUUUGGUGUUUGUUUGUUUUGUCGGCAUUAUUGAGUAGAUAUUUUGCAUUAGACAAAAUAAGUUCUCUAAACUAUACUUUGAGAGUUCCCAGGAAUUUGCUCACGGUAAUUGAGAAAGUGACUUUGGCGACAACAGUACUGUAUUUCUGCUUGGAUGUUUCUUCCUCAUCUGUGGAGAUAGAGAUCCAGGAGGUUUAUUUAAAAAGAACUGCUGUUGUUGCUGCUGUUGGCAUGAUGGACAGUGGUCUCAUGGUGAUUAGGAGCCCACUGGAGGGAGACGUGAUGAGCCCUGGUGGAGGAAUGUUGAUGAGCCCUGGUGCUUGGCGCUGGGCUGAGCUGGACACCAGCGAAGAAGACCCCUGAAGGGUGAUGCAAUCUGGAUGGACUGUCUUGGGAUCGUGUUGGGAUGAAGAUGCUUUCCGGAUGAUGGAUACAUUCCGUCCUCGGUCUUGCUGAUGACUGAUGAAUGGAUGGCACGGUGGAUGACAUGUUAUUUUGCAGCAGAAGCCAAACAAGAUCCCUCAAACCCAUCCCAACUCCAUAUUCAUCUCCCUCCUCCUUUCUAUGGUAGAGCCUUCAAUAGCAUACCGCUGCUUGUCUGCAUAGACCUAAUCACUCUGUGUCCGUCUUGUCUGUAAUUCUGUGCUAGUACUUCCUCCCUCUCCAUUAGUUCAGGUCUUUGGGGACUUUGCUCAAUAGUAAGACAUGCCCAUGUACAGGAACAGUACAGUAUAUUAAUCGCUUGGACACCACCCCAACGGAGUGAAUAACAAGUUUUAUUAUAAACCGUUUAUUUUCUGGUGGACCGUAGCUUUAUCUGCAGCAGAACUCGCACAUCAGGAAUGGCACGCACUCUCUUCUCUCCACACAUACAUCCAGGCCACUCGGCCAGUGCAUUCUCUCCCCUGUAGGACAAUGGGGCUUAUAGGCUAGAAUGGGAGGGCUUUGCAAUAUUGCUUUUAUGGAAGUUAUUCAAUAAAUAUGGUGGCAAUAAAUAUGAGGACUAGACCAGGUAUGCAGCAAACGGUCCAAUCCACCUUUUGGCAUCUUUAAACAGUUAGCUGUGAGCUCUAAAAACAUACCAUUCACUUUACUGGCCUUAUUCGGAUUUCAGUACCAGUUUAUUACUUGCCCGUGUUGCUUUGAUAGGGCUCUCAAUAAAUGUCGACAUCUGAAUGUAGUGUAGCAGAGGCUGGGUGAGCUAGGAUAAGUUUAAAAUCUAUUGCGUCGCUUCGGAGUGAGGCACCAUGAAACUGUUGGACAGCUUAGCUUCCUCUUGUACAUGUAUAACACACAGCACUACUGUAAAGUGUGUUUUAUUAGUACAGGAGACAUGCCUCCAGAAAGUUCAUCCACCAUAAUAAACAUUCAUGAUCCCGUCGGAGUCAAACACACAGGGGAAGGGGAGGCAGUUGCAUGCCAGUCCACCGCAACCACCUUCCAUAAAUAGCUGCUCUGUUGCAGAAGACUAGAUAAAUGACUGUGAAAAAAGUAUUGUUCUUAUAAAGGACUGAACAGCUGAAGAGGAGGAGGCUGCUGGAGGUGGUGUUGGUUUAGACUGCAGACCCAAGUCUUUAAAAAGCAGGAUGAGAGAUGAUGGACUGACUGGCUGGCUGGCUGGCUGGCUGGCUGGCUGGCUGACUAGCUGGCUGACUGGCUGACUGACUGGCUGGCUGGCUGAGUGGCCCUUGGAGCUCUUGGGACCUGGAUUCCUUGGUCCCUGGAAUAGUUCAGAAUGAGCAGACUUUUAAUCCCCAUCCUUCAUUCUCUCGCUCUGUCUCUCUCUCUCUCUUGCGCUGUCUCUCACUCAUUCCCUCACUUUCUCCCUCACCAUCCGCCAUUGUCACACCAUCAUUUUAGAUGAUGAUUCACUCAGGGCACUCAGGGGUCAGACGUACGGUCAUUGAAUAUCUCACCCGGAGUCAAGAGGCCAGCAUCCUCCACUACACCCACUGUGCCUGCUUUCAGCAAAAGUCUUGGGUUUCAGUGGGAAGAAAGCCCACAUCCUCAGCUCUGUAUAUUUACAACCGCUCAGCCCCAAUCACUCUCCCUGAUCUGUUACCUCAGACAGUGUGGUCGUCGCUUUCCGAAUUCCACUCCAUAAAUCAAGCCUUUAGUUAAACACAGGGAGACCCUGUCAGCUGCUAAUCGCCAAACCACAGCCCCACAUCCACACUGAGGCAGUCAGCAGUUCCUUUCUGUGGCCUUUUCACUUCUAGCAGCACUCAUUCUCAGAACUCCUAGGAAUGGACACACUCCCUUAUGUGGACUGCCGGUCCAACCGACACACAAUAGUCACAAAGAAGAGUUGAUAAAUGGUGUGCAUUAAAAAGUUCUGGGGGUCUAUAUUAAGAAGCAACGGCAGCUUGGCUCCCGUUGGAGUCACCAUGAGCCCAUCUGUCUGCACAACAGCAUGGGCGACAGCUGAACAUACCUGCAGAGUGGUCAGCUGCACUGGGGAGUUCGCAGAGGUGAAACAAAACCCUUCUCUGCGCUCAUGAUCUCUGCGAUUAGACAAAGAAUGCCUCCCUGUAGUGCACAUUAAUGUGUGUGUGACCCUAUAGGAUUCUGAUGUGAUGAGCCAACGGCAAGUUUUUGGUGAGGUGUGACAAUGAGUAAAUCUGAACUGGAGUGUCCGGCGGGAAUCACAAAAGAGUGGCUGGACAACAGGGUUUUGGCUGUGUUGCAGACUGGAGAAUAAAGGGGUUGAGAGGUCGUUAUGGUUCCAAUAAUGAUAAUUGUGUAUGGACUUUGGAUUACAGUAUGUACAUUAUUACUGUAAUUAGGCACACAGGGACUUAGGAAUGAGAGAUGGAUGGGAGUUACAGUAUAUCAAAAUGAGAGGCAAUAGAUGUGAAGAGAGAGGGGAGUGGACAGAGAAGUCACACUGGGGCACAUUAUGGUCCUGGGACUCUGGGACUUUGGACAGGAAUGGCACAGUAAUGCACAGUAUUUCUCCGGAUCAUUAACAAAGGAGCCGUCGUGCCUGGCACAGGGCAGGGUGGCAAGGCUGGCAUCCCUGCAGAAUUCACAGGCUGCUGUGCCAGGCCCAGUGCUCAUCGCUGAGUUCCACUCUCUGUGUAAAUGGACAGGCUAGCAACAGAGCUGUGGGAGUACACUGUCAUCACCCUCCAAAAAUCCCCCCUACACCCCAUCUCUUUUUCCUCUCGGUCCCUUACUCACUCACUCAGUCAGUGGCUGUGUCCAAAAUCUGGCUUGCCUACUACUUACUUUAACUGCAUACUGUGUACUAAUCGUACUAUGUACUAUUUAGCACACACUGUUUAGUAAAAAGUAUGCAGUAUGCCAUGGCCGAAAUGUACUACUUUUGGUCCGUUCAAGACAACUGGGAAUACGGAAACAAAACGAGCUCAGAAUGGGGAAAAAUUGGGACGUUGGUGAUCUUCAGAUCGGAGAAGUCAGAGCUCAAGGUUGAUGCGGUCCUCUGUAGCUCAGCUGGUAGAGCACGAAGCUUGUAACGCAAAGGUAGUGGGUUCGAUCCCCGGGACCACCCAUACACAAAAAUGUAUGCACACAUGACUGUAAGUCGCUUUGGAUAAAAGCGUCUGCUAAAUGGCAUAUUAUUAUUAUAUUAUUAUUAUGCCCGAGUUGGAUGACCGUUCAAAACUAUUUUUCCCAGUCGUAGCACGUUUUUUUCCCAAGUUCCCUGCUGUCUUGAAUGCACCGUCAGUUACGUCUUCAUAUGAACCGGAAAGGCUUGUCUGUAGCCCCACCCAGUGACCUUUCCAUGUUGUUGUUUUGGGCUUAUGUUAGCUAAAUAGCUAGCAUUUUGAAAUAUGUAUUUGGAGUAAACUUGAGUGUACCGUAGGCCUACGCAUGUAUUAAUUGAAGAGUCACCUGAAGCUUGAGAGUAAUGGAGAUGCAGUAGAGGAAUGCAGUGCUGAGGCUACUACUCUGAACUGUGUGUGAGCUUUCUGGCGCCCAGAGCUGCUGAGGCAUCACCCAAGUGGGUGCUAUACAUUGUGAAGGAGAAGUUCAGUGGCUACAGGACUCAGGCUGGUUCCCAGAGCAGCCCACAACAAGAUCGUCACCAGACUCCAUCUUCAUCAACCAUCUCCCUGAACACAUUCCUCUGAUCAAGCCAUGAACUGUCCUUCUCCAUCUUUGGAGGAUGCAUGCACUCUAUUGGUUGACCUAGCCAACUGUAGCUGGGCUACUCAUGAUGUGUUGCUUGUUUGUUUUUUUACUGUUGAUGCACUUUGAGAUUAUGAAAAGCGCUAUUGAAAUGUAAUCAAUUGUCAUACCAAAGAACAUUUACUUAGUUUAGUAGAGCAGAAAGCUCUACCGAAGGCUGAGAGCAGUGUGCGGGUUUCUUUCAAUUUAUCUACAGUGAGGGGGAAAAAGUAUUUGAUCCCCUGCUGAUUUUGUACGUUUGCCCACUGACAAAGAAAUGAUCAGUCUAUAAUUUUAAUGGUAGGUGUAUUUGAACAGUGAGAGAUAACAACAACAAAAUCCAGAAGAACGCAUGUCAAAAAUGUUAUAAAUUGAUUUGCAUUUUAAUGAGGGAAAUAAGUAUUUGACCCCCUCUCAAUCAGAAAGAUUUCUGGCUCCCAGGUGUCUUUUAUAUAGGUAACGAGCUGAGAUUAGGAGCACACUCUUAAAGGGAGUGCUCCUAAUCUCAAUUUACCUGUAUAAAAGACACCUGUCCACAGAAGCAAUCAAUCAAUCAGAUUCCAAACUCUCCAUCAUGGCCAAGACCAAAGAGCUCUCCAAGGAUGUCAGGGACAAGAUUGUAGACCUACACAAGGCUGGAAUGGGCUACGAGACCAUCGUCAAGUAGCUUGGUGAGAAGGUGACAACAGUUGGUGCGAUUAUUUGCAAAUGGAAGAAACACAACAUAACUGUCAAUCUCCCUCGGCCUGGGGCUCCAUGCAAGAUCUCACCUCGUGGAGUUGCAAUGAUCAUGAGAACGGUGAGGAAUCAGCCCAGAACUACACGGGAGGAUCUUGCUAUGAUCUCAAGGCAGCUGGGACCAUAGUCACCAAGAAAACAAUUGGUAAUACACUACGCCAUGAAGGACUGAAAUCCUGCAGCGCCCGCAAGGUCCCCCUGCUCAAGAAAGCACAUAUACAGGGCCGUCUGAAGUUAGCCAAUGAACAACUGAAUGAUUCAGAGGAGAACUGGGUGAAAGUGUUGUGGUCAGAUGAGACCAAAAUCGAGCUCUUUGGCAUCAACUCAACUCGCCGUGUUUGGAGGAGGAGGAAUGCUGCCUAUGACCCCAAGAACACCAUCCCCACCGUCAAACAUGGAGGUGGAAACAUUAUGCUUUGGGGGUGCUUUUCUGCUAAGGGGACAGCACAACUUCACCGCAUCAAAGGGACGAUGGAUGGGGCCAUGUACCGUCAAAUCUUGGGUGAGAACCUCCUUCCCUCAGCCAGGACAUUGAAAAUGGGUCGUGGAUGGGUAUUCCAGCAUGACAAUGACCCAAAACACACGGCCAAGGCAACAAAGGAGUGGCUCAAGAAGAAGCACAUUAAGGUCCUGGAGUGGCCUAGCCAGUCUCCAGACCUUAAUCCCAUAGAAAAUCUGUGGAGGUAGCUGAAGGUUCGAGUUGCCAAACGUCAGCCUCGAAACCUUAAUGACUUGGAGAAGAUCUGCAAAGAGGAGUGGAACAAAAUCCCUCCUGAGAUGUGUGCAAACCUGGUGGCCAACUACAAGAAACGUCUGACCUCUGUGAUUGCCAACAAGGAUUUUGCCACCAAGUACUAAGUCAUGUUUUGCAGAGGGGUCAAAUACUUAUUUCCCUCAUUAAAAUGCAAAUCAAUUUAUAACAUUUUUGACAUGCGUUUUUUUUAUUUCUGUUGUUGUUAUUCUGUCUCUCACUGUUCAAAUAAACCUACCAUUAAAAUUAUAGACUGAUCAUUUCUUUGUCAGUGGGCAAACGUACAAAAUCAGCAGGGGAUCAAAUACUUUUUUCCCUCACUAUAAUUGUUACCAUGCACCUGCAACAAGCACAGGAGGUUGGUGGCACAUUAAAUGGGGAGGAUGGGCUCGUGGUAAUGACUGGAGUGGAAUCAGUGGAAUGGUAUCAACUACAUCAAACACAUGGUUUCCACGUGUUUGAUGCCAUUCCAUUUGCUCCAUCCGGCCAUUAUUAUGAGCCGUUCUUCCCUCAGCAGCCUCCACUGGGCCAACAACAUAGCUCAGAUGUGCUAGUGCAUUUUUGAAUGUUGAAAUGUUGAAAGUAAACACACCAACAGUAGAUGUAUUGGUGUCAACUCUUUUAAAUUUUUUUACAAACAAGAAACACUUUUUAAUUAGAAAACAGAAAUUCACUCUGGGUUUAAAUAAAGGACAACACCAAAAACAGUAGAUAAUUCAUAAACGAAUAGCUAUAAAUAAAAUACAUAACUACUUCUUAAUCAUGGCCACUAAAAUGGCCAUAAGGCGUGCCUCCCUGGCAGUCACCUCCAUCUCCCGCCUCCACAUCUGGACCCUUCUGGGAGGAAGAGGAGGAGACGAUGACCAGUGGGGUGAUGGAGUGGCAUCCCCUGCAGCACCUCAUCCAUCACCACAUACCGCUUCCAGUAUGCUGCUGUGGCCCGUCCCUCCGAACUGACUCCGGUGGGGGGAGAUUUCAACUCUACGUACUACAUUUACAUUUUAGUCAUUUAGCAGACGCUAAAGGUAUAAUGCCAAUUGCAGUAUAUUUAUCUGGAAUACUUGCACUUUUAAAACAUUUAUCUUCACACUUACAUGAAUGUGCCAGUGAAGCCUAGGAAAUAGCUGGGAAAGUGUUGUUGCGAACACGGCAUUCGGGUAUUCGGACAUGGCCACGCUCAUUUUUCCUUUAGAGGGAGUUUUCCACUAGAGGGAGUUUUGCCCUUUUCAUUUUAAUUUUAUCUACUUUAUGUGUGAUGCCAGUACAUAUGACCUACCUGUGGCUGAAUGAAUAGGGACAUAGGCCUACAUGGAAAGCUAUUGUAUAAUGAUAAUACUGUAGUAAUAUUUUUGUUUUGAUUGCAUGUUUUCCAGCCUGUGUUUUCUUGUACUAUAUGCAAAUGUGAGUGGUGUAAGCAUGGUUAUCAGGCUCAAGAUAGAAAUCUGUUGUUUUUGGUGCCAACGUCCCUGUGGGCUGAUAUCAGUCUUGGUGUAAGUGCUCCUCUUGUAGCCUCUAUCUGUCACUGUCUGCUGGCGUCUCCAUGUCUGUGUUUGCCUGUUACUGUGUAAUCCAUCCUCAGUCUACCAGGCUAAUGUGACGAUUGGGUGGAAUUCCCUGUCCUCCAGUCUGCAUAUUGACACACGACAUCAGAAUGGAAGAUUGUCAAACUUGCAUUGACUUUCAAUAGGAAGAGGAAAGAGGAAGAACCACUGUGUUGCGCGAGAGUGGAGAUUUUCAAUCUAACAUUCUCGUAAGGACCAGACGAGAACUCACGUGACUCUGUUUCACUAACCCAUUAAUAACACACAAGGUAAAUGUUUAAACCCGAUAGGCUAGGGCGUACCAAGGGAUGGAUAGAGACUUUGAUCCACUGAUGGCUAGCUUUAAGUCCCUUAAUAGGUUUAGAUUGUAGUGUCCAAAUAUGUGCCAUGAUCAGUCCAAACUGUGCAGAGUAAAGAAAUGCCCCCAUUUUGAAUUGUUCUCUUUUGUCUCUGUUUUGCAGAUGAGAUGCCCAAUGGUGAAAAAGGUCAGUGAAGGGUGAUGCCCAACAAUGUUCUUUCACCUCACACAUCACUGGCGUUGAGCAGAGAACUUGGUAUGAGAUAAUUAUUAUGGGAAACUUUGGUUAUGUCUUGCAGGACAGAAUGUAUCCCAUAUUAGGUUGGCAGUCUUGGUCUAUUGGAUGGUGGAAACCAUGUUUUUGCAAAUGUGAAAGCACAUUAAGGUACAACUGAGGCUGCAUGUAAUGUGGCUAUUCCACCUCCGACUUCAGUGUGAAUGUGUAAACACGGUCGCUGGUUUAAACACUGUAAAUGUGGAGGGUCUACAUGUCCUUGGCAAUAGAACUGUUGUACUACUGUGGCUCAGUGGUCAGUGGUGACGACCGACUGGUCAGAAUCUACACAUUCCCCCGGCGGACCGGCUGAUCCAGGCCUGUUGAUUCAGCUGACGCUCAUGCCCCCCCAUGUGACCAUCGCGCUGGCAUGUUAUUGGCCGCCUGCCGACGGCAGGCUUUGACCUUGGGAGCAGCGGCAGCAUCUUGGGCCUGUGGCUUCGUACAGUGGGGGGCAUAGCUCUGCUCCCACACACAGGUUUAGGCUAAAUUUAUCCCUGGGCGGGCACUGCUAUGAUUUUAUGUACUUCUCUGAAUGUAUUCAAUCGUAAUUGUGCCAAAAAUACUGUAAUUGUGCUUCAGAAUGAGAAUCGUCUCAGAUUUUAAAGUCAAAAAUAAGAUUCAGUCAGAAUUUGCACAAAGAUGAAGUCUGAGUAAAACUAUCAUACAGUAAGUAAAUGACACAUUUUAACCCUGUAAUGUAUUUCAUCCAUCAACUAAAUCCCCUCACGGUUAAGCACCAAAACAGUGAAUCUGGUUCAGCCAAAUGGUUGUAAAAGUCUUCUGAAUUUUUCUCCCUAUGUAUCGUUGAAGGGAAAUUUUGUUUUAGGUGAUCAUCUACACUCAGAAAAUAUCCCACUGUAUUGAUAUUGUGCACACGUGUACGAACGAAUACAGUGUAUUUUACUGUACGUGUCCCAAUCUGUGUGUGACUGAAGGGAAAAUGGCGAAUGAGAUCGGGCAUACAGUGAGUAAGUAUGCCCAUUUGUGAGAGAGUGAGUAUGUUAGAGGCUAGAUGUGGAGGCUUUGUGCUAUAAAAAGCAGCUCUUCCAUCCGUGUUAUAUUUGUCACAUACUCAGAGAGUGUUGCCCCAGACAGUAGUGAGGCGCCCAUGCCCACACCUGAGAUAUCCCUCAAGGUCUCGCCUCCACCCCCAGGUGGGUACCCAUGCACUGGUGUCAUACUCCUCCUUUCUCCCCUUCCUCCCCCUUUAUUAUGUUCCACCUUGCAUACCCCUCCUUUCUCCCCUCCCACACUCUUCCCAGGUGAUUCGUUUGCACACCAUACUGACAACACGCGUGUUUGUUGUUUGUGUGUCCACCGUUCUUAUUUCUCUUCUUUUAUAAUGGGAUUUCUCGACGGUUCCUCGAUGACACACACAUUCACACACAAACAAUAUGCAUAUAAGUCAAAAUAGUCUACGUGCGAUCCGAAUAAGUCAACUUCCUGAUAAGCAGCACAUAUGAUGCACAUAAUUACGUAGUUGCACUGCUGCUAACACACUCCCGUGCUUACGUUGCUGUGAUGCUCUGUCCCCAAUACUGGCUUGUGCUUUCUCUACCAAGUACAGUGGGGAGAACAAGUAUUUGAUACACUGCCGAUUUUGCAGGUUUUCCUACUUACAAAGCAUGUAGAGGUCUGUAAUUUUUAUCAUAGGUACACUUCAACUGUGAGAGACGGAAUCUAAAACAAAAAUCCAGAAAAUCAUAUUGUAUUAUUUUUAAGUAAUUAAUUUGUAUUUUAUUGCAUGACAUAAGUAUUUGAUCACCUACCAACCAGUAAGAAUUCCGGCUCUCACAGACCUGUUAGUUUUUCUUUAAGAAGUCCUCCUGUUCUCCACUCAUUACCUGUAUUAACUGCACCUGUUUGAACUCGUUACCUGUAUAAAAGAAACCUGUCCACACACUCAAACAGACUCCAACCUCUCCACAAUGGCCAAGACCAGAGAGCUGUGUAAGGACAUCAGGGAUAAAAUUGUAGACCUGCACAAGGCUGGGAUGGGCUACAGGACAAUAGGCAAGCAGCUUGGUGAGAAGGCAACAACUGUUGGCGCAAUUAUUAGAAAAUGGAAGAAGUUCAAGAUGACGGUCAAUCACCCUCGGUCUGGGGCUCCAUGCAAGAUCUCACCUCGUGGGGCAUCAAUGAUCAUGAGGAAGGUGAGGGAUCAGCCCAGAACUACAUGGCAGGACCUGGUCAAUGACCUGAAGAGAGCUGGGACCACAGUCUCAAAGAAAACCAUUAGUAACACACUACGCCGUCAUGGAUUAAAAUCCUGCAGCGCACGCAAGGUCCCCCUGCUCAAGCCAGCGCAUGUCCAGGCCCGUCUGAAGUUUGCCAAUGACCAUCUGGAUGAUCCAGAGGAGGAAUGAGAGAAGGUCAUGUGGUCUGAUGAGACAAAAAUAGAGCUUUUUGGUCUAAACUCCACUCGCUGUGUUUGGAGGAAGAAGAAGGAUGAGUACAACCCCAAGAACACCAUCCCAACCGUGAAGCAUGGCGGUGGAAACAUCAUUCUUUGGGGAUGCUUUUCUGUAAAGGGGACAGGACGACUGCACCGUAUUGAGGGGAGGAUGGAUGGGGCCAUGUAUCGCGAGAUCUUGGCCAACAACCUCCUUCCCUCAGUAAGAGCAUUGAAGAUGGGUCGUGGCUGGGUCUUCCAGCAUGACAACGACCCGAAACACACAGCCAGGGCAACUAAGGAGUGGCUCCGUAAGAAGCAUCUCAAGGUCCUGGAGUGGCCUAGAAAAUAGAAAAUCUUUGGAGGGAGCUGAAAGUCCGUAUUGCCCAGCGACAGCCCCGAAAGGUCUGUAUGGAGGAGUGGGCCAAAAUCCCUGCUGCAGUGUGUGCAAACCUGGUCAAGACCUACAGGAAACGUAUGAUCUCUGUAAUUGCAAACAAAGGUUUCUGUACCAAAUAUUAAGUUCUGCUUUUCUGAUGUAUCAAAUACUUAUGUCAUGCAAUAAAAUGCUAAUUAAUUACUUAAAAAUCAUACAAUGUGAUUUUCUGGAUUUUUGUUUUAGAUUCUGUCUCUCACAGUUGAAGUGUACCUAUGAUAAAAAUUACAGACCUCUACAUGCUUUGUAAGUAGGAAAACCUGCAAAAUCGGCAGUGUAUCAAAUACUUGUUCUCCCCACUGUAUGUCACCGUUGUGUGUGUGUGACUGUAUGAGGUACUGAAAUAUUGUAUUGGAAUAUGGAAUUAUCCACAGGAAGUCCAUUCAGUGUGAAUGAGGAAGUAUAGGUUUAAUUGUUACAUUCAGCAGGUAGCCGUCAAUAGAUUCCAUUGCUUGUGUUACAUUGUAAUUAAGUCUUGUACAAGCUUGCUGAAUAAGUAAAACUCUACUUCCUUGAAGUUUCCAGGACUAGCUAUAGAUGUGCAAUGACCAGAUUGGUAACAUCCCUACAUUUUUACUUGGUAGUUGGCAAUGAGAUGGAGAACUAUUUAUAAUUUGUAUCAAUUUUGAACGCUUGUCAUGCAUUCAGACAUGACUGUCAAUGGAAAGACCCAAUCUGGUUGCUGGCUAUCUAUGCUCAUCCAUUCCCAGCCAGCACCUCAUAUAUACUGCAGUGUUUUGAGAGGCUGUCAGUGCUUUUGCUCGAGGCUUGCUGCUCCAGCCUGGCGUUGUUAUCUGCCGUACAGAACAACCGGUAGAGACUGAGGGGAAGGAUCCACAGCCCAUAGAGGUGCUUAAGCCUGUAGAGCCUCAGCCUGUGGUUGCUAAGGAACCAGAACCAGUAGAGAAUGGGUCUAAAGAACCAGAACCAGAGGCGGUUGCGGUCAGGGCUAAAGAGCAAGUAGAGUCUGUGAACUCUGAAGUAAAGGAGGAGGCCCCGUCCCCUUGCUCACCCCCACCGCCUGGUAAGUAUAAUUCACUCAGCCAUUCACAGUAAAAGCGCAUGCUGUUUACUAUAACUAAAGCUAUAACUGAAGGCCCAGAGUUUUUCCUGAUCAGGUCAUGUGGUUAGGAAAAACUCCAGGCUCUACUCAUAAAUAGUAACAAGCGCUUCCGUUCAAUUGUCCCACUCUCAAACCAUUGAUUGAAGCAGUUUGACUCUAGUCUGUGCUAGAGUCAGAUUCAUAGUGUUGGUCUUGGCUAAGGCCCUUUAUAUUCUCCCAAUAGAUUGUAUGGGCCAAAGUUCCAUUCAAAUCAGGCAAUGUAUUGAUUGAAUCUGUAUGAAUCAGGGUUUUAUUUGGAUUGAAGCGCUGUUUAUAAUGACAGACAGAGACACCCUUUCCCUCAAUGGCCGCUAUGACCCAAUGUGAUGGACUUCAUUGGCAUUUACAGGACAACAGCCAUACAUUGGUUCUUGCUUUGCUUUCUGCAGUGUCGACUAGUGCAUUUUUAUAUACAUUAAGUUCUAAGACUUCUAAGGCGAAUGUGCCCCCAAAGUUGUGACUGAUAGCUUUUUCAUGGUAAAACGGCACAUGUAGGCUACAUGUAAAUGCAGCACAGUUCAGUGUGCACUUUAUGGCACUUACAGUUGGAGUUAGCAGUUUGCUUGUAUUAGAAAAUGAUGACUGAAAGAAACUUAGUGCUGUGUGAGUGGAGGAGAUAGACGGUAAAUUUAAUCUGUGAGAGCCUUGUCCCAAUUCAGCAACCCCCUUACCUACGGUGAAGGAGGAAGCAGAGCCAGUUGUUAUGGAGGUUACCCAACCUCCAGAACCAGUUGUUACAGUGGUUACCCCACCACCACCCCCACCUCCAGAACCAGUUGUUACGGUGCAGGUUACCCCACCACCACCCCCACCUCCAGAACCAGUUGUUACGGUGCAGGUUACCCCGCCACCACCCCCACCACCAGCAGGUCUGGAAGAGUGUGUGUCUGUGCGUAUGCAAGAACGUGUGUAUAUAGGUAGGCUACGUUUAUGUGCGUAUGCACGAACAUGUGUUGGUGUGUGUGUGUAUGUGUCUAUGUUUGUGUGUGUGUGUGUUUUCUGUGUCUUUUCUUCUCAGUACAGUUUACAGACUGUUUCUAGCUGAGGGUCUAGGUUUCAUAGUGAGGUUAUAAUGUAGCAACAAGCCCUUGAACGCUCUCUCUAUAACGUCCUUAUUUUAAAGAAAUAGCGCCCCUUGUGUGCACUUCCAGUAAUACCGUAUACCCAGGUAUGGUACAGAAACGGUAUGAAAAUCUGGAUACCACCCAACACUACUCUCUAUAAUGUCUCUGGAGGUGGAGCUGAGCUCAGUUACUCUUUUGAUCGACGACAAGCAAGUUAGGUCUUAAUCUUUCGUAUCCCUUGUGGACAUUCUUGUGUUCUUCUGGCUGCUGCUUGUCAACUUCAAUCUCUCUCUUCCUCUCACAGUGCUUCUCACUUGUGCUUCCAGCUUUCCUAAACCAAGCUUGUGGUGUUACGCAUAAUUCCUUUAUCUUACGUACACGUGUGAUCUCUCACAUCACCGUCCACUCCCAUCCCAUAGACACUGGUGUGGUCUCUCACAGGACACGCUUCGAUCUCAUGAUAAACACGUUUGUGGUCUCGUACACUUCAUCUAUCCAUUUCAAAGACAUGCAUAUGUGGUGGUGUUGUGUCGUGUCAGUCCCAUGUUCUGUCUUGUCUUGCAUGCUUUGUCUUGUGGCUUGUCUUGUUGGCCUGCCGUGCCGGUGAUGGACUUGGAGCUUUUUGAUAGGUGGGUCUGUGUCAAUCACACCUUUAUUGCAGAUAAAGAUGAUGACGCUACAACCAACACCCCAUCACCACCGCCCCCACCAGGUUGGUAACCAUGACAAACCAUCCCCCCUUUCCCACCGUUUCAAGUCAGUUACCAUGGAGACUCCACUAUGUGACAGUGCUCCCAUCAACACCCCAAAAGUCAUUUUUGCUGGAGACAGUUACUGUGGGGAAGAGUCUAACUAUAGAGAACACUAUGGAUAGAUUGUGGAUGGGUCUCUCACCUGCCAGUCUUUUAAACAUCAGGUUUUUCUCAGACCUUUGGAAUAUAUAUUCCUGAUGUGCAUUUAAUACUUGCACAUGGCAUCUUGCUGGUUAGAAUAUUCAGGAUCAGCUCUUAAACUAUUGCAAUAUAUGUUUGUGCAUAUCACAUACAUAUGUUGUUUACAUGCAUGCCAAUUCAAAAAUGCCAAAGCAUAAUUCCUACAAGCACAUAAACCUUUAAUUAUUAUAAUUCUCAAAUAAAGGUAUGGAUGUGAAGAUCACAUCUCACAUGUAUACUGUAUAUAUACACACAGACCUUGACUUUUUCUACAUUUUGUUGUCUUACAGCCUGAAUUUAAAAUUGAUUAAAUAGAGAAUUUGUGUCACUGGCCUACACACAAUGAUGUCAAAGUGGAAUUAUGUUUUUUUAUUUUUUUAAACAAAUUACUUAAAAAUGAAAAGCUGAAAUGUCUUGAGUCAAUAAGUAUUCAAACCCUUUGUUAUGGCAAGCCCAAAUAAGUUCAGGAGUAAAAAUGUGCUUAACAAGUCACAUAAUAAGUUGCAUGGAAUCACUCUGUGUGCAAUGAUAGAGUUUAACAUGAUUUUUGAAUGACUACCUCAUCUCUGUACCCCACACAUACAAUUAUCUGUAAGGUCCCUCAGUCGAGCAGUGAAUUUCAAACACAGAUUCAACCACAAAGACCAGGGAGGUUUUCCAUUGCCUUGCAAAGAAGGGCACCUAUUGGUAGAUGGGUAAAACAAAAAAAGAGCAGACAUUGAAUAUCCUUUUGAACAUGGUGUAGUUAUUAAUUACACUUUGGAUGGUGUAUCAAUACACCCAGUCACUACAAAGAUACAGGCGUCCUUCCUAACUCAGUUGCCGGAGAGGAAGGAAACUGCUCAGGGAUUUCACCAUGAGGCCAAUGGUGACUUUAAAACAGUUACAGAGCUGAAUGGCUGUGAUAGGACAAAACGGAGGAUGGCUCAAAGACAUUGUAGUUACUCCACAAUACUAACAUAAAUGACAGAGUGAAAAGAAGGAAGCCUGUACAUAAUAAAAAUAUUGCAUCCUGUUUGCAGUAAGGCACUAAAGUAAAACUGCUAAAAAUGUGGCAAAGAAAUUAACUUUAUGUCCUGAAUACAAAGUGUUAUGUUUGGGGCAAAUCCAACACACCACAUCACUGAGUACCACUCCUCAUAUUUUCAAGCAUGGUUGUGGCUGCAUCAUGUUAAGGGUAUGCUUGUCAUCGACAAGGACUAGGGAGUUUUUUUGUUUAAAAAGAAACGGAAUAGAGCUAAGCACAGGCAAAUCCUAGAGGAAAAUCUGGUUCAGUCUGCUUUCCAACAGAUACUGGGAGACAAAUGCACCUUUCAGCAGGACAAUAACCUAAAACACAAGGCCAAACAUACGCUGGACUUGCUUACCAAGACGACAUUGAAUGUUUUCACUUUUUCAUUAAGGGGUAUUGUGUGAUGGGUGAGAGGGGAAAAACCAAUUUAAUCCAUUUUGAAUUCAGGCUGUAACAUGACAAAAUGUGGAAUAAGUCAAGGGGUGUGAAUACUUUUUGAAGGCACAGUAUAUACACACAUACCACAUAUGCUCAUAAUGUAUACUGUAUGUAUAUUAUAUGUUAUGUAUAUAUGAUGAUAUUAUACAUGUAUUGUUUUGGUUUGUCCUAGACCUCAACUAUGUUGAUACCAUCCCGGUUCUCUUAUCUUGAAUUGUCUUAUAUGUAUUCAUAUUUAAUUCAUUGGAAAUUGUUGGUAAGAGUAAUUGGAAGUUUCAUGUCAUACUUUUUCCGAUUACAAGGCCAUAAGGACAAUUUGUCAUACUUUUUUUUGUCAAUCAUCACAAAGGGUCAAUAGCAAUAUUCCUCACCAGAGUCAAAUAAAUUGACUAGUUAAAAACACAAAUUAAUACCAAUAAUACUGUGCUUUCUUUCACAGAGGAUGCCAAUACACUCAAGAAACUCUCUAUUGAGAUGCCUAGUAAGAUCUCUCUGUUAAUCAUACAACUAUAGCUCUGACCAAACUGGUCAUUUUGAUCAGAAUGUUACAACUGCCUGGAUGUAGGAAACAUGUUUGGAGACAUGUUUAUUUCUAGAAGGUGUUUUGUGUGAUUUUUUUAAGUUAGUUAUUUUUCCAACCUUAAGAUAUGAGAUUGUUAACGGUGAAAUAUAUUGCAUUAACACCAUAAUUGACAAGAUUUUAUAUAUUUUUAUGAAAAAGGAAUUAUACGAAUUUAAGGAUUUUAAGGGUCUCCUUUUCUGCAAUUUUUUGUUUGGCACAUAAAUGUUAUACAUAUUUAUGUGAACACAUUUGGAACUCUGAUCAUAAUGCAACGAUACAUUUAGUAUAAAACUGUAUUUUAAGAAAUACAAAGGCAUCAAAGAAGAUUCAAUACUGAUUAUCCUCCCUGGUGAAACCUAGCAAUAUACAACAAUGUACAUAGUUACGGCUUUUGAUUAGCAGCUUGCAUCAUUUAUGUCAGAAUUCCUCAGGGCUCAGCUUGCUUACUGUUAGAUGUCUUGUAUUGCUUGCUGGUCCUGUAUGUUUGUGUGUGCUUGCUUCCGUGGACUUUACAGUACUAUUUCUUAUAAUAUGCUGUAAAUUUCUCUCUGUCUUUGUUUAGAUGAUAGCGUCCAUGUGUCAGCCAUGGGGAGAAAAGACUCAGGUAAUACUAUGUAACAAAAGCCAUAAUAACCAUCCUAUCAGAUGUGAAGUUUUCAAUAGCAGAGCUCCAGAAUAGCAGUAUUCUCUAUGGAUCAAGCCCACCCACAAAAAGUGUUAGUCUCUUAGCUAGCUCUUUUCAUUUUCCCUGCAUAGCUGGUCCAAUGGAACCUGGCUUGGCAUACUUUAAAAGCUCCGUUUUAUUUGGACUAUGUUGUGCUCCAUGAAAAAUACUGGUUUUCUAAAAUGUCAUAGUUCAACUCCUUCGUUCCUCUCCAAUGCUUGUAGGACGCUAUAGGACUUUUGGACAUUUUCAUCUUUUUCAAGUAAAUUCAAUUAUUUAAGUGCCCUAGUUGAGUGUUAGUCUUUGAGUCAGGGAUGAAAUAAACUGGGGUAGUGUAGCUGGGUCUUUUGCAGUAGGUAGCGAGGGUUUGGGCUAAAGGGACUCCCUACGUAGGUCUGUCUAUAGCAGUUUCAACACAUGUGGAGCAUGGCGACUGCUGACAUGAGUCCUAGUCCACUUAGUCUUUUGAGAUCUCAAAGAAGACCGGAUCAUCUAGAAAAUGAAGAACGUAUCAAUCGAUAUACUUUUGCACACAGCAAAGGAGUCCACUCCGAAAUGGUAUUCAUUAAAAACCCGUAGCGCUUUUUCCAGUACAGGUAUUUGUUCUAUGUUCCAUGUUCUUAUGCUUUCCAUGUUGCACAAUGUUAUGCUUUCCAUGUUGCAGCUGCCAUGAACAGCUGAGGAACAGUGUGAAUGUAUUUCUGUCUGUCUAUCUACCUUGGGAAGUAUAUAACUUUCAGAUCCCUUGAGUACAGUAUGCGAGGAGUGUGUGUUGGUCUGUUGGUGUUGCGUUUUUGUGUGAUGGUGUGUGUCCGUCUCUCCUGAUCGACCAGUGUGGUCUCUAGGAGAGGGACAGGCUCCAGAGGACCUUGACAAGCCCAUAGACACCCCACCGCUGUCCAGCCUGCUCAUAGAAAGUCCCCAGGGCGGAUCCAUCACUGUGGGUGAGUGCCUGCUGAGUGAGCUCUCCUCUCACAGCUGCUGUAAACCAGAGAUGAUAUACUCGUAGAGACAUUUUAAAACCCUUACAUGUAUUAGAUUUGUACUGGUCAAGGUCUUUUAGAUUUGACUGUAAGAGGAAAGAUCCUCAUUCUCUCUGCUCUCUCUUCUCUCUCUCCUCUCUCUCUCUCUCUCUCUCUCUCUCUCUCUCUCUCUCUCUCUCUUCUCUCUCUCUCUCUCGCUCUCUCUCUCUCUCUUCCUCUGCUUCUCUUCUCUCUCUUGCGUCUCUCUCUUUCUCUGCCUCUCUCUCUCUCUCUCUCUCUCUCCUCUCUCUCUUCCCUCUCUCUUCGUUCUCUCCUUCCUCUCUGCCUCUCUCUCACUAUUGUAUUUAUUCUCUCCAAGAGAAGGGACCUCUGGUAACCAUGUGUAGGACAUCUAUCCACCUCAAAGGCUAUUCCCAACAUGGACAUGCUGUGUUUUACAUGUUCACCAGGUGGAGACAUCUCCUUUGUUGCCAAGGUGGAGGCCAAAGACCUGCUCCGUAAACCCACCAUCAAGUGGUUCAAAGGGAAAUGGAUGGACCUGGCCAGCAAGACUGGAAAGCACUUACAACUUAAAGAAACCUUUGACCGACGCACCAAGGUAGACACCCUCCCAUGUAUGGCUCUAUGUAUGUUAACACACACACACACACACACAUUGGUCCCCUAGCUGUCCAUCCGAUUCCUAUGUAUCGCCCCGCAGAUUCACACAUUUGAGAUGCAUAUCAUCAAGGCCAAAGACAACUAUGCUGGAAACUACAGGUGUGAGGUCACCUACAAGGACAAAUUUGACAGCUGCUCCUUUGACCUGGAAGUGAAAGGUUUGUUGCACUGUUUGAGUCUGUCAUACAGCAAAGAACACACACUGAAACACAAGCAAUAAUAAUAUAAUAUACUGUGUUAUUGUUUUGCAUUAUUGUCUUUCAGAACUGGAACAGUCACAGAGUGUUGAUAUUCGAUCAGCUUUCAAAAGAAGGUAAUGAGAGCAACACAGUCUGACCACAUUAUUUCGAUUUUUUUAAACAGCCAGUUAGUAGACUAGCCAAGUUUUCAGUCAACAACAGAGUGAUAUUUUUACAGUUAGCGUUUAGAUUUAGCGUUUGACUUAUGAAUAUCCUUUUUUCUCAUAAUGAUAAAUAUGACAAUAAUAACAUUAAACAAAAACUUCACUGGUUUCGAGCAAGAUUCAUUACACAUGGCAAAUAAACUUGAAAAUGUACAUUUGAGUAUCAGAUACGUGGGAUACAUUGUGGCUCAGUAGGAAAACCAUGGCACUUAUCACAAACCAACAUGAGAACAUAGUGUUUGAAACAUAAUGGCCAUGAAAUCGGAUGUGAUUAACCUUUAUUAAGGUAUUACCAAUCAACGUGUUCAACAGCUCAAAGGCCAAUGCUUGCAUUUGAAACUCCCUCCCAACAAUGUGUCAGAAAGCAACGCAAAACAUCCCAGACCCAUAGCAUUAUCCCAACGUAGCUGCUCAGUGAUGCUCCUGCAACACAGCAGAAACAUUGUGGAAAUGUUGUCAUAUGCUGGCUGGGAUCGCUCUCGAUACUCCUUACACAAACCAGUUCGUUAGAAGCAUUUAAUUGGAAAUGAACCGAAAGGGUUUUUGUGUAAGCCACCAAUCAUGUGUUAGUCUGGACCUAAUGCAUUUGAUUGAAGUCAGUAGCCGCUGCUUUGCGUUGUUCUUUUAGCAUUGUUUAUCUAGUUGCCUGUUACUGUUUCUACUCUGAUUAAAUCUCCAUUAAUCUCUUCUUGUUAACAACAGCAGUGAAGGACACGAGGAUGCAGGGGAUCUUGACUUUAGUGGUCUUCUUAAACAUAGGUGAGAGUCACUGUCGGUCCUCAAGGGGACAGUCUUAUUUUUCAUUUUUAUUUUUUACUAUGCCCUUGUUUUGGGUGUUUACCUCUUUUCUCUUUAUUUUAGUUUGCCCCAGCAACCUCCAUUGACUCUUUUACUCUUCCAAAUUGGUUUCUUAUUUUAACACAUGGUAUAUAUGUGCAUUACAAUAUAGUAUAAUAUAUUAAAGAGUGCAGUAUAUUAGUUAGUACAUAGGUGAAGUACCACGUACUGUAAGAGUACAUCAUUUCAUUAAUAUCAGGUGCUACAGUGAAUCACAUACAACGUUACUAUUUAGUACACUAUCUACUCUCACAUAUUGAUAACUUUUUGAGUUUCUGUUUUCAUUUGUAAAUACAAAUCUACAUUUUUUUCUUGGUUCAAACAACAGCAUGUUUUUUCAAUGUACUGCCAUGAGUACAAUAGACCUAGGCAGACCGUGACACUUCACUGAGGUAAAAUUACACAUUUAUUUGGGCUUGUCUCUUCUUCUUCCCUACAUAUUCAGAAACCAAAGGUUAGUAGAGAGAAUACCCUAGGUAAUUAAACGAUUAGACCUUACUGCGGGGUAAGUACUAUAAUCCUGUAGCGUCCCCAGCAUGGAAUGUAGCUCUAGGAUCUGGAACAAGCAAGAGUGUUGGCCUACUGUAGCACGGUAACACUUCAUUUACAGCCGACAUUCUCAAAUGCUCCAUUAACAAUCAGUAAGGAUGGAAAUGGACUUUGCGUCAUAAAGUAUCUCUGCUGUUUGGGAUGACCACUUUUUUGAUCAACAGUAGAGUUCAAUAAUACUGUGUUUAUGAGGCAAAAUGACUCCCAUUUCGGAUUAUUAAUGAUCUGCUAGUGGACCAUUUUAUGAAUGAUGCUGUGAAAUAGUGUUAUCGCUACAUUGUCAUUUUAUUUCAACUUAGAAAUACAAGGCACAUAUCACAAUGUUUAUUUCAGUCUACACAGUAAUUGCCUGAAAAUAAACAAGAAGAGAGAUGCAUAAGAAUGAAAUAAUAAUUUCAUGCUUUUUUACCUCCAAAGCUUUCCGACAUUUGGGAAAAUGUCCAUGAAAGAACGGACUGAUUGAAUGAUCUUUAUUUAGCUGCCUAAUGUAUCUACUCACGCCCAGGGCAACAUGCUUAUUAACCUGGAUCUCACAGAUCUAACAUCCCCUAUGGACGCCUAGCCUUCCAUCUCUAACACGGUCAGAGCGUCUCUGAAGUGGUGAUGAGUGAACACACUGAGACACAAGGCAAAGGGAUGGGCAAUGUGAAUAGAAAGAGAAAGAAUGUAGACAGUCUUUAUCAGCAGCAAAUCUCGGAGUAAGAGCUCCCCAUAUUCCUGCAUGCAGAACCUAGCUCAGUAGUUUUUUCCCCAAAUUGUUUCAUUCUAUUGAGGUGUCAUGUUUAUCCCACCCCCAAGGAACAAAAGUAGCCUAGUAGCAUUGAUCAGUUUAUGACCUUCUUUGAUAUUCAUUAAUACAGCACUGAUAAAAUCCUGACUUUAAUUUAGUUUCUCCUGCAAAAUCUCCAGACUAAAAGAACUCGACCCUGGUCAAAACCCCUACCUGAAACAUAUUCAACUCCCUUGUAAUAAUCUGAUCCCUCUACUUGCCUCAGCAGUAAAACCCUUCCUAUAUGAUAUAAUACAUAUAAUAGACUAGCCACCCCCUCUCCCCUCUAACGCCUCAUCCAGAGAUGAUGUCAGAGGACAGGUACAGUGCUUCAGAACACGCCCAUCCCUUUGUGUGACAUGUCCUGAGGAACUCAGUGGGGAGAGAGAGAAGGGAGUGAGAGAAAGUGUGUCUGAUAAAAGGAGAGAGAGAGCGAGAGAGAGGGAGAGAGAAGAAGAUAAAUGACUAUAGAAACAAAGCAGAUCAGUAGAACAGAUGAGGGGAAACACUCUUAAACUCAUUUAGUAGGUAGUUCCUAUCUACAGUAGAUGCAACAGAGAGUAGUCUUCCUUCACCACAGUCACCGUCCCUUUUCUAGUACCCUAUCCCAUUUCCCCACCCAAUACCCCCCAUAGGGAGCAGUUCCUCAGGACACGUCGCGAUAGCCCAUCGCGUGGCCCCAGCCCUCACACCCUCCCCUCGUGUCCUGCCCCAGGGAGCCCAAGCAGGAGGAGACCCCCGAAGUGGACGUGUGGGAGAUCCUGAAGUCGGCCAGGCCAGACCAGUACGAGAAGAUCGCCUUUGAGUACGGCAUAACAGACCUGCGGGGUCUGCUCAAGAGGCUGAAGAAGACCAAGAAAGAGGAGAAGAAGAGUGAAGGUGCUGAAUUGAGUGUUUGUCCAUGCGACUGUGUAUCACUGUUGGGAUUAUGCUGCACAGAUGCACUAUGGAUUUAGAUUGUUUAGCUCAUAAUCAGCUAAUCUGUGAUUUUUUCAGGGGAAAGGCACACGUUUCAGUGGUUUUCUAUAGGAUGUGUAACCAUUGUCAUGGAAUGUUGUAUUUUUUGCAAAGCUUUUGCCAAGAAGUUGGAUCCAGCAUACCAGGUGGACAAAGGAGGGAAGAUCCGCUUAGUGGUGGACCUUGCAGACCCCACAGUAGAGCUGAAAUGGUACAAGAACGGCCAGGAGAUCCGUCCAACUCCAAAGUAUGUCAAGCUUUUUCUUCUUUCUUAAUGUGUUAGUCUUCUAUAUGUUUUUCUCUAUUUCGUCUUUUCACAAAUGAAAGGCAUUUUUGGGAGUUCCUCAUGAAAUGUGUUUCAUUCGUGGUUUAGUCCUCAUUGCCAGUCCCCUGGUACUUGUAGUUUUUAUCUGUUCCUUGUCACGUCUCUCAGCGUUGAAAAGCAAUGGUUCACAUGCUAGUGUUUCUGAUGGUCUCGCGGUGUACACAAGCAAGCAAGGACGCAUACACCCACACGUGCGCAUCAAAAUACACAUUGUUUUACACCAAUAAUUGCUUUCACAUAAUGACACACACACAUAGCCCUGUGUGACCCUGUUAUGAACAGGGGUUUUCCUCUACUGCCUCAUCCCUUGUAAACCAGGGACAACGCUGACCCUACAUCCCCUUUACACCCAUACAGAGCUCCCAUUGUGCCCAGACACACACAGCCACAGCCCAGAUCUCUGCACUGUAAACCAUUGCCAACUGAUGCCCAGUGAACAAAUAACGUUCUCUCAACACUAAUGUGGUGUUAAUAAGAUGCCACAUGCAUCUCACCAGCGCAUCAAGAACGUUAUGUGUUUGCAGGGCAGUGUGUGGCCCUGAGCUACAUUUGAGUGGAAAUGUACUGUUUGAUGUUUUAAAUAAUGGUCCUUUGCUAUUAACUACAGGUCCUUCUCUGUAGAGGGAAAUGGCAGUACCUUCUUCACAGGUCUUUAACUGACUCUGGCUUUGUAACAUUCAAUGGAUGAUCUAUUAUUUUGAUAGCUGUGUACCCCACCAAUGUUAGUGUACCAUAAAUAUAAUAUGGCGUAGUUUAAGUGUAUUGAUCUUACCACAUCGUUAAUGGGAAUGUAUAACGAAAAGUGACUUUUGUUAUUUUCUUAGCUCUCUCUGGAAAUAAUUUGUAUAAUUAAGUGAUAAUGCCCGAGUAGCCAGUGUUUGGAGGAUAUAUUGCCCGGGUGUUGUUAGGCCUGAGACAAAGUCGACGGCCGGCAAACCGUGCCAAUAUAUCCUCCAAACACCGGCAUCGAGGGCAUUAUCACUUUUAUACAACGGGUUAAAACAUAUUCAAAUAAUGAUUUACAUAUUUUCAUUAAAAACAUUAUUUUGAUGAAUGCAUUCAUACUAUUUCAUCCUUCCACAAGAUAUAGUCCCGACACAAAUCUAGGGUUGCUACCCAAGCUGGCUGGUCGUUCAUUCUAUUGGUUCGGUUGCCAGAGACGCGACCCAGUCGUUCAGUCUUUUUGUUCUGUGUCUAUGGACGCAACCCAGUCUUCGUUUUAAAUGUUCCAUUGCCAUACUGGCUGGCAACGUUCUUAUCCCUCGCUUGCUAGCUAGUCAAUUACGGCUCAUUUACAGUCACGUCAAACAGUGCAGCCAGAAUAACAACAGUAGCUGCAUUUGCAUUUGUUUAAGGUGUUUUCUAGUGACAUUUAUUCGGACACAUCCAUAACACUGAGCAAAUGAGGCGAUUUCACCUGGCAUAGAAAAUGUGCUCUCUCAUCAGGACAGUGUUGUUCAGAGGAGCUAGCCAACAACACAGCUAACACAUUCACUUAAAACUGAAGCUGGAAAGACUGCAAACUAGCUGCACUUCGUUUCGUUGUACCUUUUUUCAAUUGAAAUGUUUUUGUAUAUAUGCAUAAAAAUGAUGCCAGCUGAUUCAUGAUUUCGACUGGCUGAGAAACGCUGCCUGCCUGUCUGUUUCGUCCUGACUCCCGACACUUUCAUUACAAUGGGACAGCUGGAGAUUGUUUCAAUAUUCAAAUUCAAUGUUGCAGAUGUCGGAGAGACAGACAACAAGGUUUAUACAAAUCUCUGCUGUUAAAAACUAAAUGUAAGUCUAAAAGAAAUGUGAGAUAAUGUCUAGAUGCUUUUCAUAGUGGAGAUCAUGUUUAUAAAUUGCCUGGCUAGGCUGAUGAGACAGUGGAUUGCGCAGUCAGAUGGAACAGAGUAAAUAAGCAUUUUAACGUCAUAGAUUUAGCCAGUGGUAACUUGUGGAAAAGAUACCGGCUGGAAUGCGGUUUUAACCAAUCAGCAUUCAGGAUUAGACCCAACCGUUGUAUAACUACUGUUAAUACACAUACUUUUGAAAUUGUCGGAAGGUAAUCUCAUUACUCAAUCUAACACCUGUAUUAAUCGAUGUUACGAGACCUCUAUGUACCCUCAAAAUGGCAAGUCUGUCCUUAGAUUAUAAAAAGUGAAGGGUCAAUCUCAGGCUACUCUCAGUAGAGGUUGUUCAAAGCCAAGCCAAGUUAAAGCCAUCUGGGAGGUUAUUUCAGUUUUCUGGUCCCUUGUCUCCAGUGGUGUAUUUCCCAGAAUUCCCUGUUAUAAAGAUCUCUCUCUCUUAUUUUGUUGUAACACUAUUGGCUGUUACAGUCCCCUCCUCUAUCCUUCUGUCCUAUCUGUCUGUCUGUCUGUCAUGGUGCUCGUCCCUUCUCUCUGCUAUAACCACUUCCUCCUCUGGCUCCAUUCCGGCUCCACUGCUGACCUUAAGUCAAAGGAAGUAAGUCCACCCGUCCUACAUCUCUGACCUCUGGCGUGACCCCAACCCUCUGUCUACUCUGUUCCCCUGGGUGUGCACUGACAACCCACACUGAUGCAUGUUGGGAUGUGUUUGUUUGUGAAUGGGGGCAGGUCUCUGUAAAUAAAUGUGGCUGUAUAUCUGCACAUUACUACGACUUCAAUGACAAAGGUUUUUGAUUAAUAAACUAGCACAACUUUUUAUUCUUAAAAUGAUCAAAUAAAAAAUUAUAAAAUUAUACGUAUUUCUGCUUUUGGAAGACACAAGUAAGCAAAGGCAACUGUAUUUAGCUCAGUGGAUGAUAUGAAGUCUUGAAAUAAAAAAAAUAUUUCUCUCCAAGUACAUAUAGUCACAGUAUGUGGAUAUACAGUGAUUUUAUUGAUUGAUGGACUUGCUGCAUAGGUUUAUCUUUGAGCAAAAGGGCACACAGCGGAUCAUGGUCAUCAACAACUGCUGCCUGAAUGAUGACGCUGCCUAUUCUGUAGCCGCGGGAGAAGAGAAGUGUACCACAGAGCUGUUUGUCAAAGGUACCCCUCUCUAUUCCAUCACCCUUCCAUCAUCCUUCUCUCUUAAUUUUUAUGUCUCUCUGAGUAAUUAGUGUGACCAGAAUGUGGUCUCUCCACAAUUUCACACUCCACUGUUUCUAAUUAUAUUGAUGCCUGCCCCUCUUACCUUUCUGCAGAGUUACCAGUGAAGAUUACUAAAGAGAUUGAGGCAGUGAAAACGACAGUGAACGAGAGGAUUGAGUUGGAGUGUGAAGUGUCUGAAGAAGGAGCUCAAAUAAAAUGGUAGGGCCAUGUCCAACUUAGUGUGUGUGUUUUCCCUUGUGUCCCUGUGUGUGUGUGAGUGCCUCUGAGGCUAUAACCUUUUGUCUUCCCCCUUAGGUGUAAGAACGGCGUGGAGGUCCCGACCGGGCCCCGGUCACGCUACCGUGUCAAGUCUGAGGGGCUGAAACACUGGCUGAUCAUUGACGAUGCCUCAAAGGAGGACACAGGAACCUUCUCUGUCAUGGCCUCUGGGGGCACCUCUGAGGCCAAAGUCCAGGUCGACUGUGUGUAUUUCACUUCUCUCUUUUCUUCACACUUUCUCUCUUACUGAGAAACUGUAGAUCAACUAUAUUGAUUACUAUUUUUACUUUGUUCUAUCCUCUUAUUGCUUGCCGUUCUUCCGUUCAUCAGUGAAGCCACUGAAGAUUAUUCAGGAUCUGCAGGACAUGACAGUGCUUUUGGGCCAGCCCCUGAAGAUGCACUGUGAGAUCUUCCCUGGGAAUGUUCCAGGUCGCUGGUACAGGAACGGACAGCUGAUCCAGUCCAACGACCGCAUCAACAUCCUGCAAAGAGCCAAGUACGUCACCUCCCUCCCACUCGCCCAUCUCCUCAGCCCCAUACCUGUGUUCAUGGGGGUUUCAUACCUGGUCAAGUCAUGUGGACAGGAAAGAUUCUGGGCCCAAAUCAUGAUUCACCAUUAGGCCCAUGUAACCUGAGCAGGAAAAACUCUGGGCCUUAGCCCUUCCCUCUGUCCCCCUGCUUGUCUCUAGUGUCUUUUUCAUAUUGGUUAAGCUGUCUUUUCAGGAGCAAGCCUACAGUAUUCACUUGUUUUCUUGUUUUGACAGGAACCACCGAUUAGAAAUUGCGAACAGCACCAUUCACGAUGCCGGGGAUUAUACCUUUGUGCCAGAGGGAUACAGUCAGAGCCUCUGUGCCAAAGUUCAUAUCAUUGGUACAGUCAUUUUAAUGAUACAAAACCAUCCGUGGGUUGAUAGGAAUACUAUAGAGCACUUACUUGUUUUCUUCCUUGUCCCGUUCCUACAGAUCCUCCCAGGGUGCACCUGGAGAGCUUGAACUUCCCUGACAACACGGUGACCAUUGUGGCAGGAAAUAAACUUCGCGUGGAAAUCCCCAUCAGUGGAGAACCAGCACCCAGGGUGGUAUGGAUGAAGGGAGAGAGGGUGAGUGCUGACCUGGGUCAAAAUAGGCUUCAUUGUGCUUAAUUGUUGUUGGAAAUACAGUCUACAUACUGAAUGUAUGGGUACAACACAAUCUACUAUUUGCCAUCGUAGGUAAUCCUUGACUCGGGCCACCGUGUGCGAGCUGAAACCUUCACGGACCACACCAGCCUCACCAUCGACAUCGCAGAGAAGGAAGACACAGGAAACUACAAGCUAGUCCUGCAGAACGAGGCUGGGGAAGCAACGGCUAGCGUCAAAGUCAAGGUGGUGGAUAUCCCAGACCCUCCUGAAGUUCCCCUAGUCCCGGAAGUGGGGGGAGACUGGUGCUCUAUGACAUGGGACCCCCCGAUCUAUGACGGCGGCUCACCCAUCUUAGGUAGGUGUGUUUGGGGGAUAUAUGCUAACAAGUUGGAUAUUCUGGUGUGUGUGUGAUAUAGAACGAUGCUUUUCCCCAAAGGCUACUUCAUCGAAAGGAAGAAGAAGCAGAGUUCCAGGUGGAUGAGGCUGAACUUUGACCUGAACAAAGAGACCACAUUUGAGCCUAAAAAGAUGAUUGAGGGUGUCCCGUACGAGGUGCGCGUCUUUGCUGUGAAUGCCAUCGGCGUGUCCAAACCCAGCGAGCCAUCCAAAGCCUUUGUGCCCCUGGGUGAGUUCUGAGUACCCACUGUUCGCUUGGCAAUGUAAACCUUUGUGACAAAGCCAGUGAGGUGACACCUACAGUACAAAGGCAUUAUCCUGUUAUAUGAGCCAAUACAGUUUAUCCUGUGGUUAUAUCAUACCACGAUAGUGAGAGAAAAAUGAAAGAGCCGGUGCUGUGAUACUGUGUGAUAGUGCAGGCCAUUGUGUGGGCUGCCCUUCCCCUUUGCAGCUGUUCCUCUGAUACCCCACUAUUCCAAGCAUUCUGCAUUUUGACUGUGCCCUCCACUGGAUGUGGCCAGAGCUUUAGGAGAUAUUAAAUAUGUCUUUAUAAUGGCUGCCAAAUCAACUAGGGCUUAUAGGUUUAGGAGAUCAGCCUCCCACAGGGUUCAAUAGGAGUUAAACGUGAUGCAGAAUGUAAGAAUAGACGUUAAGAGCCGCCCCCUAAUGAGAUCUGAUGAACAGAUUGAUGGCAUACCAGCGCCAGCUGGAGGGGUUUCCCACUCAUAUGGGCAUGGGGUGUUUGUUAGGUAUACUACAUUGUAUGCAUUAUACUGUACUGGAGAUCCACUUUUGACAAGUCAUGAAACAUAUGCCGUACAAGCAAGGACAUGUUUGUGUGAAGUUCAAACCUUGUAACACUCUCACACUGAUUGCCCUCAGCUGUGACCAGCGAGCCCACCAUGCUGGUGGUGGAUGAUAUCACAGACACCACGGUGACCAUGAAGUGGCGUCCCCCAGACACCAUCGGAGCUGCAGGCUUAGACGGCUAUCUGGUGGAGUAUUGCAUCGAAGGAAGUAAGAAACUUUGUGUUUUUUAAGUAGAACACACUAGACUUUUCAUGAUCAGGAGAAACUCCAGGCCCUGUUAAUAAGUAUUACCUGCUAUGUUAAGUGUAUGGACAUGUUCUCCACAGCUGAUGACUGGAGAGUAACCAAUAAGGAGCUGACAGAGAAGACUAAGUACACUAUCACUGGUCUCCCUCCAGAGGCUAAGAUCCUGGUAAGGGUAAGGGCAAUUAAUGCCGCCGGCGCCAGCACUCCCAGAACACUUCAGCACUCUAUCCUGGUCAAAGAGGUCAUCGGUGAGUCCUAGCCACUCUCCACUUCUCUUUUUGAAGUCUGUAUUUAUUAUUUAUUAGCAAGGCUUAAGCAACAGGGCUAGGAACAUGACAUUUGAUACACAAGUCCAAAGGACAAGUGUUCAUGAAAGAUUUACAGUGCCUUCGGAAAGUAUUCAGACCCCUUGACUUAUUCCACAUUUUGUUACGUUACAGCCUUAUUCUAAAAUUGAUUAAAUAAAAAAAAUCCUCAGCAAUCUACACAGAAUACACCAUAAUGACAAAGCGAAAACAGGUUUUUAGAAAAAAGUAUGAAUGUAUUAUAAUAAAAAAAACAGAAAUACCUUAUUUACAUAAGUAUUCAGACCCUUUGCUAUGAGACUCGAAAUUGAGCUCAGGUGCAUCCUGUUUCCAUUGAUCAUCCUUGAGCUGUUUCUACAACUUGAUUGGAGUCCACCUGUGGUAAAUUCAAUUGAUUGGACAUGAUUUGGAAAGGCACACACCAGUCUAUAUAAGGUCUCACAGUUGACAGUGCAUGUCAGAGAAAAAACCAAGCCAUGAGGUUGAAGGAAUUGUCCGUAGAGCUCCGAGACAGGAUUGUGUCGAGGCACAGAUCUGGGAAAGGGUACCAAAAACUUUCUGCAGCAUUGAAGGUCCCCAAGAACACAGUGGCCUCCAUUCUUAAAUGGAAGAAGUUUGGAACCACCAAGACUCUUCCUAGAGCUGGCCGCCCGGCCAAACUGAGCAAUCGGGGGAGAAGGGCCUUGGUCAGGGAGGUUACCAAGAACCCGAUGGUCACUCUGACAGAGCUCCUCUGUGGAGAUGGGAGAACCUUCCAGAUGGACACCCAACUCUGCAGCACUCCACCAAUCUGGCCUUUAUGGUAGAGUGGCCAGACGGAAGCCACUACUCAGUAAAAGGCACAUGACAGCCCGCUUGGAGUUUGCCAAAAGGCACCUAAAGACUCUCAGACCAUGAGAUACAAGAUUAUUGAGUCUGAUGAAACCAAGAUUGAACUCUUUGGCCUGAAUGCCAGGCGUCACGUCUGGAGGAAACCUGGCACCAUCCCUACGGUGAAGCAUGGUGGUGGCAGCAUCAUGCUGUGGGGAUGUUUUUCAGCGGCAGGGACCGGGAGACUAGUCAGGAUCGAGGCAAAGAUGAACGGAGAGAUCCUUGAUGAAAACCUGCUCCAGAGCACUCAGGACCUCAGACUGGGGCGAAGGUUCACCUUCCAACAGGACAACGACCCUAAGCACACAGCCAAGACAAUGCAGGAGUUGCUUCAGGACAAGUCUCUGAAUGAGUGGCCCAGCCAGAGCCCGGACUUGAACCCGAUAUAACAUCUCUGGAGAGACCUGAAAAUAGCUGUGCAGCAACAUUCCUCAUCCAACCUGACAGAGCUUGAGAGGAUCUGCAGAGAAGAAUGGGAGAAACUCUACAAAUACAGAUGUGCCCAAGAAGACUCCAUGCUGUAAUCGCUGCAAAAUGUGCUUCAGCAAAGUACUGAGUAAAGGGUCUGAAUACUUAUGUAAAUGUGAUAUUUCCGUUUUUUUAUUUUUUAUAAAUUAGUCCAAAAAAUCUAAAAACAUGUUUUUGCCUUGUCAUUAUGGGGUAUGUGGGUAGAUUGAUGAGGGGAAAAAAACUAUUUAAUCAAUUUUAGAAUGAGGCUGUAACAUAAUGUAGAAAAAGUAAAGGGGUCUGAAUACUUUCCGAAGGCACUGUAGAUACAAAAAAACACUUUUCCCCCAUAGUUUCAGUAUUUAAAAAAAAAGCGGAAAUCACAUUCCAUCCACUUAUCUGACCUGUCCUCUUCCCAGAACCACCUAAGAUCCGCAUCCCCCGUCACUUGAAGCAGACGUACGUUCGUAAAGUCGGAGAAGCAGUCAAUCUCGUUAUUCCAUUCAUGGUAAGGCAAAAACAGCAAAUGGCUCAACUACCUUCAGUGAAAGCCCUUUAGUAAAUCAUAUUUAGUUAGAUUCAUGAUCCUAUGCGAUAUGUGACAUGUAGGGCAAGCCCAGGCCAAAGGUGAGCUGGCUGAAGGAGGGCCAGACGGUGGACCCCACGCAGGUCACUAUCCGCAACACAGACUGUGACAGCAUCAUCUUCAUCCGCAAGGCAGAGAGGAAGCACUCUGGGAAGUACGAUAUGAAGGUGGAGGUGGAGAAACACGUGGACACAGCCAUCGUAGACAUCCAGAUAGUAGGUGGGUCCAGGGACACUGACAGGAAGGAUAUCCUGAUCUCACUUACAGUUAAAGUUGCUUAGGCAUAGAUCAAUUAAGCAUUUGUAUCGGUCAUGUUACAGAUUGAAUCAAACAGGAAGUAGACAAAUAAAUGCUAUAAUAAGGAAAGAUCUCAUAAUAAAGAGUUGAUCGAGUUGAAUGUUUUUUAGCUUUGUUUUGUCCUUGAUUCCCUUCCAACUUUUUCACAGCAGCUAAUGUCAAGCACAUGCCAAUAAGACCCAAACUGAUGUUAAUGAUGUUAACUAAUUCAUCUCUCCACUCAGACCUCCCAGGGCCUCCACAGUGUGUGAAGAUAGAUGAGGUCUGGGGGGGAAACGUGGCUCUGGACUGGACCCCUCCAAAGGACAAUGGCAACGCCGCCAUUACAGGCUACACCAUCCAGAAAGCAGACAAGAAGACCAUGGUAUGAGUCUGCUGAAUGCAUCACUCAGUACUGUACUGUAUGGAAUCGGUAUGAGGGAUAGAUUUCUACAGGAAAUGUACCUCUGUAUGUACUAUGCAUAUGGGAUCCAAGUGUAUGUGCUACUCAGUGUGAUCCCCAGUAUGGUUUGAACUAAUCUGCUCUCUGUGUGACAGGAGUGGUACACCUGUAUUGAGCACUACCACCGCACCUGCAUCACCAUCACGGAGCUGGUGGUAGGGAACGAGUACUACUUCAGAAUCUACUCUGAGAACAUGGUGGGUUUGAGCGAGGGUGCCACCCAGACCAAGGACAGUGCCCUCAUCGUUAAAGAAGGUAUGUGUGAGCUCCUCUGUGGGGGGGAGAUACCGUAUGGAGAGCAAUGGAAAAUAUGACCAGUAUGUCAUCCCCCUCUACUUUCUAAUAUUAUGGACCAACUCAUUCAAAAAGCAGAUGGACAUCAACCUCAGUCACUUUUUUUUUCAUUUUCUUCUUUGUCAUUUGUCACAAAAGGUAGUGAUACGUAGUGAUAAAAUAUACAUUUGUACAGAAUUGGACCAGUUGCUUUCAUUCAGAGAUGGCUUAUACACUACAUAUCAUGUUUCAUUGUACUGUACUGUUAAUGCGGCUGUUGCUGUCUCAGACUGCAGAUGAUGAAUUAAAAUAUUGUCUCUCCUUCAAUCAUGAUCACAAGGGAAAUUCCCCCAUGAUACAGCUCAGCACCUGUAUCAUGCACAACCCCAUUCUUCCUCCCUUCCUCCCCCUGCAGGCAUGCAACUGAAGAACCCUGAGUACAUCGACCACGACUUCAAAGAGCCUCCCAAGUUCACCCAGCCCCUCAUCAACACCUUCGCCAUCGCUGGCUACAACGCCACCCUUAACUGCAGCGUCCGCGCCAACCCACGGGUAGGUAUAGCCCGAGUCCCAGAUCUGUUUGUGCUGUCUUGCCAAGUCCAUUUCAGCAAUGGAGUUGGCAAGACGGCACAAACAGAUCUGGCACUCAGACUAGGGUAGGUGUGUAGGACCGUACUCAGACAGUGCCUACACCAACCCUCUUGGAAUGUUGUUUCCAACUAAACUCCUGGACAGGGUUGUGGUAUCAUUGCUGCUGAUGUUCAGUCCUGCUUAUUAAUUAGUGAUUGAUUUAGACAUGGAAAACCAAGUAUGUCUACUGUAUUGACUCUGGCCAAUCAAUGACAUUAAUUAAUGAAUUAGGAGCCAAACCCAAAGACUGUGAAGCCCUGAAGCCCUGAGGCUGGGACAUCCAAUGCCCUUGCCUAGUGGGUUAUCUUAGGCCUUUAGUCGGCCUGUUCCCCAUACCCCUCCAGCCUGUUCCCCCUACCCCUCCAGCCUGUUCCCCAUACCUCUCCAGCCUGUUCCCCACCCCUCCAGGAUGACCCCAUAUGGCCCAGGCCUCAAGCUGUAUGCUGAAAGCUUUACACCUGCAGCCUGCUCUUUCUGACCGCCUCUCAAUCACGUUAGCCUUUACACCUGACAGCUAUCCUCUCUCUAACAACACAUCUAGUCUAGUCUAGUCAGCUGCCUGAAGUUCUUUGUUGAGAGGUUAAAAAACAGAUUAGAUAAACAGACAGAGGACAACAUUUGUUUAACACUUGGGCCUUAUUACCAUGGGCACUAUGUAAAUGUAAGAUAUGACUGUUCAUACACUGUUCUGAUUAGGUUAUCUCUAACUUGAACAAUUUAUAGGUCCUCUCACUGAGAAAACAGUAAAAAUCCACAGACCAGUAAAAAAUUGCAAUGUAUUGAAUACUUUUAAAAUUAUGUACUACAACAUAUUGAGUUUGACAAAUGGUUUUAACGAUACAGUAGUGAUGCCUUUUAUACUACAUGAUAAACAUUAUGGGGAGUAACUUGCGAAACAGCCCUGACUUAAUUGAGUAUUGAUAUUUUAGAGGCUUCUGUAGGAAACUGGCUAACCUCCACUGUUUUUGACUUCAGCCCAAAGUUAUUUGGAUGAAGAA